AUGCUUGCCAUGUUCGAUGACCGACUGGCGAUUGGCGGGUUUCGAGGCUCGGUCCGUCGCGCCCAACGUGCACAUUCAACCUUUUCGGCCGUCCACAGCGACUGGUCGGAGAUGGCAAGAUCAACACUUGAUCUGAUUCAUCGUGGCGCAAAGAUGUACGAGAACGAAGCGGGCAGUGCUUGCGUCACGCUUGUUAAUGUGGCGACAUCCCCAAUCGACCCGCCAUGUGGCAGAUGCGCCGCAUGCCGUAAACUGCGACUGAAGACGGAUAUCGUCCAUCGACAUAUCCGCCUCCCCCGCACAUUUCUCUACCCUGCGGUUGCGCAGACAGAUGCAUGA